GAGUGUUAAACAUGAUUUUCCACGGUCAAACUUAUCCUGUGUGUGCUUCGUAGAAACCUCAAAAAACCAAUACUACUAAUAAUAAAGUUCCAUACGUAACCAUUUCCCCUUCUCUCUUCUUCUUCACUAAUUUUUCCAAAACAAUUUGAACUUUCUCAAAACCAAAAUUAAAAAACAUUUGAACUUUCUUUAUUCUCAUUUCUUGUUUCUAUUUAUGUUAUGGCUUCAUCUUCAAGUAGCUUAGACACUUCUGCUAAUUCAUACCCGUCAAAUUUCAGUUUUUCUUCGUCUUCUUCUUCGAAUUAUAAUAGUUUCAUGGGCACCACUUCUUUCUCCGAGCUUCUUGCUUCAUCUAACGGUGAUCAUGGAGUACCCAUUAAGCGUAGUGGACUAGGUGAAAGAAUUGCAGAAAGAACAGGGUCUGGUGUGCCUAAGUUUAAAUCUAUUCCACCUCCAUGUUUGCCUCUGUCACCACCUUCUGUUUCUCCUUCUUCUUAUUUUGCUAUUCCUCCUGGUUUGAGCCCUACUGAGCUUCUUGAUUCUCCUGUUUUGUUGAACUCUUCUCAUAUUUUGCCUUCACCAACUACUGGUUCGUUUGCUAAUUGGAAGAUGAACUCUAAUUAUAGUAAUAACCAACAACGUAAUGUUAAGCAAGAAGAUAAAAACAAUUCUGAUUUCUCAUUUCAGCCACCUCCACCAACAACUUCAUCAGCCAUGUUUCAAUCUUCCAACAGCUUAAUUCAAUCUGCACAACAGCAACAAAGAUGGAGUUUUCAAGAAUCAAAAGAGCAAGAUGAAUUUGCUGCUGUUCAAGUAAAGAAUAAUAUCAGUGGAGUCCAGUCGGAUUACGGUGGUCAGCAACAGCAACCGCAACAGCAAUAUCAAUCAGUUAGAGAGCAGAGAAGAGCAGAAGAUGGAUAUAAUUGGAGAAAAUAUGGUCAAAAACAAGUUAAAGGAAGUGAAAAUCCAAGAAGUUAUUAUAAGUGCACUUAUGUUAAUUGUCCAACUAAAAAGAAAGUUGAAAGAUCAUUAGAUGGACAAGUCACUGAGAUUGUUUAUAAAGGUAGCCAUAAUCAUCCUAAGCCUCAGUCUACUAGAAGAUCAUCAUCAUCAGCAAAUUCUAAUUCUUCAACAGUAUCCAACAAUUUUAAUGCAAUUCAAGCUACUAAUCAUGAUAAUGGUCAAGAUCAGUCAUUUGGUAGUGGACAAAUUGAUUCUGUUGUAACAACACCUGAGAAUUCUUCAAUUUCUAUGGGGGAGGAGGAUUUUGAUUCUUCACAGAAAAGUAGGUCUAGAAGUGAUGAGUAUGAUGAAGAUGAACCAGAAACCAAAAGAUGGAAAACAGAAGGUGAAAAUGAAGGAAUUUCAGCAGCAGGGAGCAGAACAGUGAGGGAGCCAAGAGUUGUGGUUCAAACUACUAGUGAUAUUGACAUUCUUGAUGAUGGAUAUAGAUGGAGAAAGUAUGGGCAGAAAGUUGUCAAGGGGAAUCCUAACCCUAGGAGCUAUUACAAGUGUACACAUCCAGCAUGUCCUGUAAGGAAGCAUGUUGAGAGAGCAUCUCAUGAUCUGAGGGCAGUGAUCACAACCUAUGAGGGGAAACACCACCAUGAUGUUCCGGCAGCUCGCGGUAGCCAUGCUGCAGUCAAUAGGCCAUUGGCUGAUAGCAACAACAAUGGUAAUAGCAAUAUAUCAGCAGCUAUGGCAAUGAGGCCAUCAGCUAUGAAUCAUCAUCAUCGUCAUUCGAACGACAACGCGAUUCCGCUUCGGACUGUAAGACAACCAGCAACAUCUGAAGCAGAAACACCCUAUUCACUAGAGAUGUUCCAAAGUGCAGGGAGUUUAGGAUUUGGAGGAUUUGGAAAUCAAAUGGUGCCUUACUUGAAUCAAACAAAAGAUGAACCGAGGGACGAGUUGUUCUUGGAGUCAUUGCUAUGUUGAAAAGGAAGAGUGAAGGUCAAGUUUUAAUUGAUUUGGUUUAUGUUUAUGUUUUUGAAUUUAUGUGUACAUUUUACAACAGGUAACUUGAUUUUCUUAAUGUUGUAAGAUCAUACUGGCAUAGGUUAGGAAUGGAUUUGUAAAAGUUUACAUUUUUUGAUUGUUUUGGGGCUUCAUGACUUCAAACUCCAAACCCUUGAUUCAAUUUUUGUAUCACAUUUGAUCCUAUUUGUUAAUUUAUUCGGAAUUAAAAUUUGGAAUUUUAUUUCA